CCUCGAGACCAGCGGGAUGGCGACCAACACGAAGUCCCACGGCCACCCUGUGGGGGCCAAGCCGUGGCCAUGGAGGUCGAGUACACCAGCAUCUGGAUCCUCGUACCGCCGACAACAUGGAGGGCAUGGACAACAGCAGCCACGGCACCAGCACCAGCACAACCAGCACCACCACACCUCCCACCACGACGAGGAUCGACAGCAGCACAAUGACGCACAGCAUCAGCAGCAGCACAAGUACGACUACAUGACACCGAGAACGAAGCGGGCCCACUCAAGAAGACGCCACCAGGCCACCGAAGAAGCCACCAACGACCACCGACAGUUGCCGAAGCUGACGAAACGUCAGCUGGAGGUCACCGAGAAGGUAAUGCCCGCCUUGCUCUCGGAUGCCAAGGGACACGAAAGUUUUUCUCUUCCUCCCGACGACCCAGACAUACGGCGGGUUUGGCACGCCACCAAGGUGGCGCGGAUGGCACGUCUCGCCGACCAAGUCCAAGGAGCAUGGCAAGCCCAAGUCGACCCGACCCGCUUGAUCGAGGAGCUAGCCAUAGUCAAGACCAUGAUACACAUGCUGGACACACCGACGGCGCGCAUUGCACAAUACAGAUCCCAAGUGGAGUCACGGAUACAGAGACAGCAGACCGUCGAGAGCCAGCUCAAAGACCUCAAUAAGGAGCACAACGAAAUCAAGGGCGAGAUUGCAUCCCUCAAGGCACUCAUCUCCGAGGCCAAGCAGUAUCGAGAACACGCAGAACUUUACGAAGACAGCUGUGACGGGGAUGGUGAAGAUGACGUGCGACAACGCAUCAGGGGCAAGACACCACAUCCCGAGAGAAGACAGCGAACACCAGCCCGACAAUCGGUAUAUGAGCCAGCGAAUGCUUCGACCACCAACGACAACGGCGACCUGCGGAAACUCAUUGACGUGCUGACGAGGAGAGUGGACGAGCAGCAGCGUAACCACGGAAUACACCAGCACCAUCUGGCGUUUCUCCAUCAUGAACGUGCCGAAUCAGAUCAACACGAAGCACAACGUCAACUGCAGACCGAGCAGAUCCACGAGCUCUCGCAGCACCUACAACAUUGCCAGGAACAAUUCCAGCAAGCACAACUCCAACAGAGACAGUCGUACUAUGACGAGAUCCUAGCCUUCCGACAGCGCGAAGAGCGGAUUCGACAAGAGGCUCGCGAGUCCAUCACGGAGAACGUCGCUCACUACCAGCAGAAGGAGGCCCACUUGCGCUACCAGCUCAAGGAGGAAGAGUCAGCGCACCUCGCCACCUUCAUCAUUCAGAGGAAGCAAGAGGAAGAGACCUUCAGACAUCAGCUACACGAGAACGCAGAGAUCAUGGUACAACAAUAUCAGCAACGAUGCCAAGAACAACAGCAACAUCUUCUCUCCGAGAAAGCUCAGGCACAGCAGGACAUCAGCAACAUCGCGAGGCUUGAACAGAACCAGCUCCAGGAUGCUAAGGAACUACUCUUGGAGGAGUUCGGACAGAUCCAGGCUCAGAAGUACCGCAACUUGACAGCCCAGAGCGAGUACAACAGCGAGAUCGACAGGCUUCGAGGCACUUCCCGUGACAUGCGGCGCUUCGAGAACGAACUCCAGGAGCAGCACCAACUCCAACUACAGGAGCAUCUUCAGCAACACAGACAGGAACGAGAGCGACUGCACUGCGAGCUACAGCAGGCCCACGAGUACGGCACCAGCAUCGACGUGGACAUCCUCAGGGAGCUCGACACACAACUUCAAGAACGAGACGAGGAAGACGCACGACUGCAAGCCCAAGCAGAUGCUGAACAAGCACAGAUCGACAAACAGGUUCAAGCGGCACUCCACCUGCUGACCCCACCGUCUUCCUCUGAUGACUCGGGCUAUCAACUAUACCACAGAAACCGCGGCAGCAGCAGCGGAGGACAGCCCAGCAACAGCGGACAGCGCAGCAGCACACCACCACCACGACCGACACCUGCGAUGCCAACCGCCACCCCCACUGCGAGACGCCCAUGCCACGACGCCGACGACGCCAGCGUGCACACCCCAAUCCCAGCCGACGACGACGACCUUUGCAGCCCAACCCCGGUGGCGAGUGACGCAUACCCCUUCCCUGUCCCUACGCCUUUACCCACCCCCGCCUCGCUUACGCCUAUCCCCACCGAGCAGCAUACGCCCAUCGGCUUCCACCCACCCGACCUGCAAAAUGACCGACCCAGCUCAGCGCCACCACCACGCACCAGAAGGACAGACCCAACUCAGCACAACCACCCAUCCACUACUCUCCUCAUUGACAUCACCUCCGACGACGACGGACCGCCACCCUCCACCCCAGUGCGCAUUCCACUAGCCGACAUAUCUCCCACCGCACCGAUGCAGCCAAUCCAACCACCACCUCGCUUCCACCUCGCCACGCCCGACCGCGCCACAUCUGCCCCACCGCCCCGCACAGCUCUCCGAAAGAACGGAUCAUCUAGACGAGCGGCCAAGCCCAAGAAAGUUCGUAUCUGCGACAUCGGAGACGGCUUCGCAGAUCCAGGAGACCGAGUGCCAACCUUCCUCAACGACGAGGAAGCCCCUGCGGUCAACUCACCAAAAAACUAACGAGGCCCUCACCCCCUGGGGGGCAACUGGCCCAGGGGGAGCGGCCCAGCAUCGUACCAGAAGACUGCCUGUGCAACGACGGCACUUCCGACUCCUGCAGUGGUUGCGCCGACGACGUCAGGCGCCGACUAUUUGAGCCCCUGGUGAGCUCCGAUCCACCAUACGACACUUCACAAGUUUCACCUACCCACUCAUCAGCCAAUGGCGGUAUGCGCGUUGGGGAGAGCGCACCUCCAGAUUCUUACGAGCAUGGCGAUAUGUGGGAAAUCCACACACCGCCCAACAUGCGACAGCCUAGUAGUGGACCGUGGACCAUCCCCUCGGCCUCUACCUCUCGCUUGGGGAGUGCGAGAAGGCUGUCUCACACAGACUCCACACGAGCAACACAUGCGCUAGCGGACCGACCAACUACCAUCACCCGACCCCGACGGCAGCAUGUCGACUCACAUCCUCCACCAGCGGAAGCCCAGUCACGGUCGUUCCCGACGAUGACGACGCCACCGCCUACGCUUCGAGAGGAAGCACCGCCAUGUGAGCACGACACGGGGGGGUAUACCUCCAGUGGUUGCGGUCGUUUGGGGCAAGAACGACAAGAGCCACCAGCAAGGCAUCGACGUACUAGCCAUUUUGGCCAUGAUGGCGAUCGAGACCGACAAUUUUGUGAAUCACCGAGCCGGCCAUGUACACCAACUUCUUGCCGGCCACAACCUCCUAUUUUGGACUCCCUCGACGCUACCCAGAUCCCACACGGACAAAGAGACCUGCCGAAUGCGGAGAGCCACGAGGAAGUACGGCAUGUUCGUUUCUCCCGCGAGGUUCACACCCGCGACCAGCAGACCGACAAUAUCCUCUACCACAUCGACUUCGACGAACAGGAGCCCUUACUACAGCACCUUCGACGACUUCAGGCUCCCAGGCUUACCUUCGACCUCACCGACCGAUGCCACAACGAGGUUUCAGAGUACAUGGUGCGCACAUGUCCAUACCGACAGCUCCUACGAGAUUCUCGCCUGCAUUUAUACACAGACGGCUCCAAACACCCACGCCAACAUGGUCAAGACGGAUGGUCAGUUGUACUCGUCGGAGAAGACGAAGAAGGGUUCUCUUUUCAAGGCGCAAUAGUCGGCAAGCACCGCGACUCCACCCUCGUAGAGAUCCAAAACAUCACGGACAACGAGACCACCUCGACAUCCAGCGAGAUCACAGCGCUCAUCUGGGCGAUCGCCUACAUCAUCCACAAAGACAUCAACUACAGUAUCUCGGUCCACUCUGACUCGCUGGGAGCGAUCCAACUGGCAAGGAUGGAGGCCUUCACAAAUCGAGACGCCCACCUCGUGCAGCUACUGGUGAUCAUGUAUUCGCACGUAAAGGAAUAUGUCGACCUGUGUCAUGUUCACGCCCACGAGAUGAACCCGUGGAACGAAGUCGCCGACGCCGCAGCCAACUACGCCCGCAUCGAGGACUACCCGCACCCACAACCUGAAUGGGCUAACAUACUCAACGCGUCCCAUCAGCGCAGCUGGGAAUUCCUACUUGAUGCCGACAACCACACCAAAGACGCUUACCCAUCCUUUUCACCUGGGAUGCUCAAGGCCCAACGCAUAGAUACCACGGCAACGACAGCGCACCUCACGACACCAGCCGAGUCCACGAAGACCGCGAUCGAGAUAGACGUCAACGUCGCCACCUACAACAUCCAGUCAGGGCGCGAACCUGGCCAAGGAGCUCGAAGACGAAAAGAAAAGAUCCACAAGCUCAGAAAGACUAUGCUCAACCUGUACAUGGAGGACCUCCACCUGAUCGGCAUCCAGGAAGCCCGCACGCCCUGGGGAGUCCGCAGCGGCAGCGACAUCACCAGCACGAGUGCGUACGCCUACCACGUUAUCUCAGGGGGCCACGACCAGUACAACCUAGGCUGCGAGCUCCACAUACUCACCAGCAAGCCGUACGGAAAGGCAGGCGCCAAGGAUCUCUACUUCCGCCCCGAUCAAUUCACCGUCAUCGAGCACAGCCCUCGACAUCUUGUAGUAAGGAUCGAAGCCCCAGGCUUUAGACAUACAGUCUGCGUCGCUCAUGCACCACACUCACGAGCCAAGCCACACGAGAAGGAUAUCUUCUGGGAGAUGAUCGAGUGCGCAACUUCUAACCACAAUAUCGACAUCUUCUUCAUCGACGCCAACGCUCGAACGGGCAGUUUAUGCAGUCAGGCAAUCGGCGAUCAAGGCUUCAAGCAAAAGGAGGACGACAACGGCGAACGAUUCCACAAGGUCCUGCUAGGCAACUCUCUCAUAGCCGCGAAUACCUUCAAAAGCGGAGGCCAGGACCACUACACAUGGGACUCAGGCAAGGACGUGCACAGACUGGACUACAUAGUGGUUGGCCACGAGCUCUUCGACUCCAUCUCCUACACGUCCGUAAUGUAUGGCAUCGACACAGAACACGACCACUCACACAAGUACGACCACUUCCCUGUCAAGGCUAACCUCGCCUAUAUCGUCGAGACCACAUACCAGCACGGCACGCCCAAGCUCGACAUCGCAAAGCUCGACUCCGAGACAGCCAAGAACGACUUUCAACGACGCCUGCAGCAGAUCCAACACCCCCCCUGGGAGACCAACCUCAACGAUCAUACUAAGAGCAUCGUCGACCAGAUAAAGGACGCAGCCUACGCCAGCUUCAAGAAGCAGCAUCAUGCCCCACGCAAGCCCUACAUUACCGAGGCCUCCUACGCACUUCUUCGCUUUCGACGCACCCUCCUCAAGACGAUCCGCAUCGUGAAAAGGAAUGGCAUUGGCUCCAAGAUAUCACGCAGACGGAUCCGAUACACCGCGCACCUCAUCGCAAACCAGUCGGCGUCAUCAUCCCCUGACGACGUCAUCCACCUCAUGGACAUCCCUGGAUACACUCAGCUGAUGAUCAAGACCAUCCUCUUCAUCAACCACGCGGACCCCGACCACACCACGGCUCCAUACCACGACAGCACCUACUGCACAACCACCUUCACUACAAACCUUUUCGACUCAUACAUGAGUUUCAUCAAAGAUACCGACCGAGUUCUUAGAAACCGCCUCGACCACGACCGCGACGCCCACCUCGAGCGCCUAUCCGACAACAUGAUACUAUCAGCCGCAGGGAACGCCCCGCGGAAGGAAUGGGCAAACGUGAGGGCACUACUCACAUACGGCGGACGCACACCUAAGAGAACUCCGACUCCCAAAAUACGCCAAGACGAUGACGGCGCUCCACUCACAACGCCACAAGCCAUUGCGGAGCACGCCCUUCGAUACUACGGCAACAUCGAGAACGGCAUCAACACCGACAUCGAAGGCGUCGUCAAGCACUACAACGACAAGACUGCCCACACCAAGCCGAUACCCAACAUCGACAACGUCCAGACCAUCCACAACCUGACAUCCGCCCUGGCAGCCGCCAAGAAAGGCAAACGCGGCGGACCCGACGGGAACACCGACGACAUGGCACGAGCAGCGCCGCGCCAGAUUGCCCGACUUCUGCACCCCAUCAUGAUGAAGAUGCAACUGAUGACGACGGAGCCUAUUUCGGCGAAGGGCGGUUUCUCCACUCAUUUCUCCAAAGGACAAGGACAGCUUCAUCUACAGAAGGCAUACAGGGGCAUUCUCCUGAACAACACUAUUGGCAAGAUCAACAGCAAGUUCCUGAGAGGCCUCUUCCGCGACAUCUUACCCGACCUGCUCAUGGACACACAAUGCGGCGCAGUCCCUCACAAGGCGACUGACUUCAUUACUCACACCGCCUACACCUUCCUGGACGACUGCCGUACGCAGGGUCGCACGGGCAGCAUCCUCUUCCUGGACUUGAAGGAAGCCUUCCAUUCGGUAAUAAAGGAGUUCAUUUUCCAGCUGCCGACACAGGAGGACGAGCUCGAAGACGUCAUCGACAACAUCGAGAUUCCCAUAUGCCUCCUCCCCUCCCUGCGACAACGUCUUCGCUGCCCUGCACAUCUCAACGCCCACGUCGACGACUCUCACCUAUGCGCCCUCGUUGCCGACCACCACACGGCCAACUGGAUGACCGCCAAGGGCACCGACGCUUACGCGAUCCCUCGCACCAGCACCAGGCCAGGGGUGCCAUACUCCGACGCGGCUUUCAACAUGCACUUCUCCCUGAUGCUUCAGGCCAUCGCCGACGACGCUGAAGAGGCAGAAGACGGUGAGAACGGCCACCACAUCCGACCCUGCGACAACCCGCUCUUCUCCGCUGCCCCUCAUCAAGGCGGCAAGCUGACCAACAUGUCCUUCGUAGACGACCUCACCGACUUCAACUCGACCGCACACCACUCCGACAUCAUUGACAUUACGAGAACGUCAGCCGAACGUCUAUGCCGUAUAGCCUUCACCUACGGGCUCAAGCCGCACCCAGACAAGACCAAGGUCAUCAUCUCCUUUAACGGGACGGGCUCCAACGUCGAGCGCAGCAGGCUGGCACAGCAGAACAUUACAUCAAUCAAGCUGAGCAUCAUGUCGAUCUCGGUCCAGAUUACAGACCAGCACCGACUCUUAGGCACCAUCCUAACCAGCGGCAGCAUGGGCCCCGAGGUGCAGAAUCGCAUGCAACGAACCGACGCCUCGGCACGAGCUCUGGAGAGGCAAAUCCUAAGACGUCGACGCCUACCCCGCAAAACGAAGAUCAAGUACGUGCACGCCCUCUCGACUGCCUCAUUGACCUUCAACCAUCACGUCUGGCCAACACUGACUCAGACUGAUCACCAGCGAAUAUCCAACGCCUACUCGAAGCCCUAUCGCACGGCAGCUGGACUACCCAAAGCUAACUCGCAGUUCCAUCAUUUCACGGCCACCGAAGUAGUAGCUUACACCGGCAUCCCCGACUUCGACCACCACCAGUCUGCUGGGCGGUUGCGAUACUUACCACGGCUUCUACGACACGCUCCUCAGCAGCUCCUCCAACUGCUUGACAACCAGCGACGGAGAAAGGGCUCGUGGACAUACAUGCUUUUCCAGGACUUUGACUUCCUGCGCACAUACCUGGACGACCAGCGAUGGCCCACGACCAGCAAGCUCGACCCAGACAUCUAUGCAUGGGCUCGAACCACGCCGAAGCACUUCACCAACUCCGUCAACCUGGCCGUCACAAACUACAUCCGCGCCUCUAAAGACCGCGCCCACGCCGACAAGCUGACCAAGGUGCUCAGACCCGACGGCCCCAGUGGAGCGGACACCACGCCACCACGUGACAACGGAGCCAGCAACUUCAUCUGCUACGAGUGCGGAAUCGUAACAAAGACCAAGCAGGGCAUGGCAAUACACAUCGGACGUGAACACCGACGACCUGAUCAUCCGCGAAAUUGGGCAUCGGGUACAUCGUGCAGAAUAUGCCGCCAGAACUUCCACUCCUUCGCCAAGCUAGUGAAGCAUCUAACAACGGUCGCCCGAUGCCGACGGUCAUGGUACAUGUGGUACUUACAAGGACCUGCCCUCACGGAGGAGGACGUGGCCACCAACCAGGCGAUCUACGCGGACAGCAUAGCCGAAAACAAACGAAGAGGCCGCCCCGAACUAUACCACCAUAUCCCAGCCCACGCAUCCGACGUCACCCCGUUACCCUCCCUUGACCUGUCACCUUCACCACCGCCCUUCUUCCCGACCGUACCAGCGCUCACACCACCACCACCAGCCCACCACCCUCGGACACCGAUCAGAAACAGAUCCAUGCUCUACAUCACCAACACUGAUAGAUACCCGAAGGAUCUGCUCGAUAUCAUGGACCAACGACUAUGUUACAACGAUAUGGUGAUGGAAUUGGCUACUAUGACCUUCGAUGACCUCUACUCCGCCGACUACCCAGCCCAGUACGACGCUCUUGACUUGAUCCACCAGCACAUUCGACAAGGCGACUUCGCAGGCGUGUUGAUCAACCUCUCACCCAGCACAUGGAUCGACGAAGGCGAUGGCAAUACCCACGACAGAACCGCAGCAUCCUCCAGAACGACCUCUAACCCAUGGGGAAGAGUAAACCUCGGAGGCAAGGCAGCAGAACGUCGACUGAUCGCGAACUACCAUGCCCGCCUUGCAAUCCACAUCAUCCACACCGCCUACGAGGCCGAAGUACCUGUGCUACUAGCGCAGGCCGCAGCCCCAGCAGGACCGUCGCUGAUGUGGACCACCGAGCAGAUGCAGUACGCUACGGAGAGAAUGGCCACGAGGCGACCUACAAUGAUCGACGGCAGCCUCUACGCCAUGUACUACGGCCUCCAGGAGCACGGCAACCCACUCGACAAUUUCUUCCACGCCGUAGUGGGCAGCCUGCCCCCAUGAGGUCGGACUGCAGCCAGCAGAUCCGACGACACGAUCAGGCCGUAACAUGGCCCAUGAGGAUCGACACGGGCGACCUCCAGAGCAAGACGACCACAGAGCUCUAGGAGGCCGCCAACAUCAUCAUGGACGCCCCCUCCUGGGAGAGGGGGGGGAGGACAGGGUCCAGGCUUGAUCUGGGCCGCCACCCGCGGGCAGGCCGUCAAGGGGGUGGAUUCCCUUCCUCCUCAGGCCUUUAAUGAGCCCCCUCCCCCCGCUCCCCUUGCCACCCCCUUGUGCGGAACUUUUGACCCCCCCUCCCCGGACAGCGUCUCCCCCUCUCUUCCGCCCCGAAACUCUUGGGCCUCCCCUUUUUUUUUUCGGUCCCUCCCCUUGAGAGGCCCUGGCGGCUUCUUACCCUGGCCUUCCUGGCGGGGGUCUGUGUAGAGGGGUGGCCCCCCAACGCGCCUCGGGCGCACGCGCGGCGGGCCCGCGCGGACGGCUGCGUCACACGACACUUAGCCGAGAGCGAAGCGAAGCGAAGGCCGCCCAAUUUGAGCCCGAGUCGUUCGGUGGGGACCACACACAAACGGUGGGGACUCCACGGGGGUCCAGGACCCGUUUUCCUCGAGAUCCUUUUGCUGCGUGACGAAAGGAAUAAGGCUCAC